CGACGACGACUCAUUCCUCGGAAGAGCAGCAGCAAGAAGCCAGGAACGUGGGCGGGAGGGAGGAAAAGAGCGGAUGGGGGAGAUGAGGUGCCUGGGUAGCUGAACGUCCUUAGGAAGCCACUGAUUGAGGACGGGCAGCUCGGCCUUCGCCUAGUUUAGGAACAUUAGAUCACCUGAGAAGCCACUAAAAUACUGAACAGAACUCUUCUGAUGCAGAAUAAGAACAAUGAAGCCAGCCAAAGUGAGAAUUAAGGAUCAACCACUAUAUUCCUCAUUUAAUGAAAAGAGGAAAAGUAAACAGGGCUAUGAACCUGGGCAAAUGCUUUUAUUGCCUUCAGUUCCAACAGAAUCUGUUGCACAGUACUCUUUAGCCCUUCCAUCAACAAAUAAAGAUAGAGUGCUAGAUGAAAUGGACGUUCUUAAGAAUAUCACUGUGCAUCUAAAUGAGGUAGGACAAUCACUGAAUUUUUGCAUAAUUAUUGUACACAAAAUGGAAGGUGUGUAUGCAAAUGAAGAAAUAAAAGAAGAAGAGGCAGCGGCAGUGGCAGCAGGGGAACCUACAGCACCUAAGGAAGAACUUGAAGAUAUGACUACUUUCCUGAUAUGUUGUUCACAACUCAGUAACCAGUUAGAUUGUGCACUUCGUGAAGAAAAACAAAUAUUAGAGUCAUUGCUUCAGUGGUUUGAAAAGGAGGUCCAUGAGAUGGAAGAGAUAGGCGAGGAAGAAAUUAUUCCAGAUUGGCAAAUUCCAGUAGCUGAUAAAAACAUAUCAAAUAACAUUAAUAAAUUACUGAACCGCAUCCAAAAGCUUGAAGAUUUGAAAGGCCGUAUUCAAGAACUGCCCAAGCUUAUUCAGCUUUCUGCUCCUAAACAUGAAAAGAAAAAAACAUUAACCCCUGUGGCUCCUGCUCCAAAAGACCCAAAACAUAUUAUUGAAGAACUUGCUAUGAAACAUGCAACUGAGGAUGUAAUGAAUAUGGUACAAGUUUUCCAAGAUGAUACAGGCCAACAAACAAUGGAAUCAAUGAAUAAUCGCAUGCUAGAAAUAAUGAAAGUAUUUGAAAGACAGACAAACAAGUUACACAGAGUUUCAAAUGAGCAGGAUGUGCUGGAAGGUAAAUUACAGAAGAUUCAACAAGAAUUUCGAAAGCUUGCAGAAGAGAAGGAGAUAAUGGAGGAGGAACUUCAAAAGAUGAAAGGUUCAGAGCAAGAAAAAGGAGCGCAAGAUCCAAGGAAAAAAAUGUUAUCAAAACUGGAAAAAGAAAAAGCAAAAGUUGAAGAAAAACCACCUCAAGUACCGGUAACUGUAGAAAAACCAGCAAGACCAACUCCUUUUCCUUUAAAGCACAAAGAAGCUGAAAACCAAAAAAUGAAAGAAGACUUAGCUAAAGCUCAGGCAAAUAUUCAGACUCUUGAACAAGAGAAGAAAAUGCUUGAAGAGAAACUACAGAAAGCUUUAGAGGAAGCAGAGAUGGCUAAGAUUCAACUUGCUGAAGUACCUCCAACUAUUCCAGAAAUAUUUCUACAGAACUAUACAGAAAUUGAAGAUGAAAAAGAUGCACAGAAGAAAGGCAAAAAAGGAACAAAACCUAAAGGAACAGAUGUACAAAAAUUGGCUGUUAGUGGACCUGACACAGGAAAAGCAGGAGAAACAUUUCCAGCAAAAGAUGUGAAACAGAAGAGAAAGGGGUCAUUUAUAGACAUGGAUAAAGCAUUGAGUGAAGGUCAGGAAAAAGAAUCUGAAAAAAGGAUGGAAGAAUCACGGAAAACAAAAGCAGGGAAAUCAGAAGGAGCUGAUUCCAAAAGUGCGAAAUCCAAAGAUUCUGCAGAAAUAAGAAAACGACGUCAAACAACAAAAGGUGCGGAGAAAAAAACAUAUGACAGUCCUGUUUCAGAACUCCCACCAUCACCUCAGAUUGAAGAAAAGCAGUUGCCUGCUUUAACAAAAGUUGUGGAAGAAACUGUGUCAGUAACCUUAGAUAAGUCUCCUGAGGAAGUGCUUCCACCUGACUCAAAAAAAAGAAAAACCACCUCUCCUGAACUUAUUGUCCCAGAAGAGACAACAACUUUGCCCACCAGUGAGCAGGAAGCUUCAUCGCUUCUUUCAGAAAUCGAAAUGGAAGAUGCAGCUCAACCUAAGACAAUUAUGAGAGAUACUAAAAGGAUAUCAACAGCUAUCAGUCCAGAACAGGCUACCACUUUACAAAAAGAAAUCCCACAAACGUACAUAGAUUCUUCAGGACUUGAAGAGGGUGGAACUAAGGAUUUGAUUAAUAAAAAAAUGGAUCAGCUUGUAAACAAUUUGGCAGAGCUGGAAGGAGUUCCUGAAGCAGAAACUUUAGCCAAACUUUUGCUAGAACCUGGCAAAGGCAUGGAAUUAUUAUCAGAUGAACAAAGACUUCAGUUACUAAAUCAGCUGUUACCUCCAGAUGGACUCCAGCAACCUGGUAAACCAGAAGAAGAGCAAACAGAACAGAAAAGGCAGCUACUGUCAAAUGUAUUAUCAACUCUCCAGCUUCUACAGCAAGCACAUGUUCCUGAAGAUGGCUUAUCAGAGGAAGAAAUGAAUGAGAUGACAGAGAAAAAAAGAGCCUUACUUGCAAAUCUGGACUCAAAUCUUAAGGUUCUUCAACCAGCAGAAGCUGUUAGACCAAGGCAACAAGACAUUGACAAUGAAAUUAACAUGCUGACAGAAAAAGGAAGCCAUUUGCGUGUAAACUUGGAAUUAAAUAUGAGAGAGUUGGAAGAAGCUCAAGCUCUCGCAGCUACCCAGCCAUCAGAAAUGAGUGAAAACAAAGUGAAGGAGUUACUACAACAAAGAGAACUGUUGACUGCAGAUUUAGAGCAGAAUAUGCAGGACCUGCAAACUACAAAAGCUCUUGCAGCUGUCUUAGAAGAAAAAGAUAUUCAUGGGCAAAGACUUCAGGAACUUUCUGAGCUAAGAAAACAUUUGACCGAAGAGUUAAAGGAUCUAAAGGAAAGUAUGCAAGAUAUGCAAGAAAUAGAGCUUCAGGCUUCACAAAGAGCUUUGUUUCCAUUACCCAGUGAAAAGGGAUUAAAUGAAUUGUAUGAGCUAACUGAAAAGAAGCAAUUGUUACUAGAGAAGUUGGCAUCUACUAAGAAAGAACUACAAGAAGCUCAGGAGCUUGCAGCUACUCAACCAGGGAGUGUUAGUGAGCAUAAGCUGCAGGAGUUAGCUGAACAAAAAAGACAUCUGACUGCAGAUCUUGAGGCAACUUUGGAUGGUAUACAAAAUGUAUAUCGUCGUGCUUCAGAAAGAACUGUAUUUGUACGACCUACUGAAAGAAAAGUAUAUGAACUAUCAGAGAAGAAACAAGAGUUAUUGGAAAAGUUGGAAUCUAAUCGGAAGCAGCUAGAAGCGGCUCAGGCUCUUGCCAUUGCUCAACCUGGCAGUAUCAGUGAUCAUAAGCUGCAAGAGCUAAUUGAACAAAGAAGAUGCUUAGCUGCAGAACUAGAUUCAACUGUGCAUGAGAUGCAAAAAGCACGGGAUAGUGUCUCAGAAGGAUUUGUAAUUACUGCUGAAAGGGAAUUAUAUGAGCUGUCUGCAAAGAAGCAAGAGUUACAGCAGAAGUUGGAAUCCAAUCAGAAGGAGCUACUAGAAGCUCAGGCUCUUGCAGUUGCUGAGCCAGGCAGUAUCAGUGAGACUAAACUACGGGAGCUAGCUGAGCAAAAAGAACUCUUGUCUAAAGAACUAGAGGAAACAGUAUGUGAUAUAGAAGAAGCAAAGGACCGUGUUUCAGAAAGAGCUGUAGCUGGAAAACCUCCUGAUAUGGAAUUGCAACAACUAUUGAUGAAGAAGGAAAGGUUAAAGGAAAAGUUGGAAUUGAACCAGAAAGAGUUGGAAGAAGCCCAAGCCCUUGCAGCUGCUGAACCAAGCAGUAUCAAUGAACAUAAACUGCAGCUGCUCACUGAGCAAAGAAAACGCUUGAUUGCAGAUCUAAAGGAAACUGUGCAUGUUGUUAAAAAAGCUGAACGUCGUGCUGCAGAUAGGACUCAGCAGGAACCACCUGUUGAAAUGGAAUUGUACAGUUUAUCAAUAAAGAAGGAAAUGUUGCAGGAAAUGUUGGAAGCCAACCAGAAAGAGCUAGAAGAAGCCCAAGCUCUUGCAGCUGCUGAACCAGGCAGCGUCAGUGAGCAUAAACUACAGGAGCUUGCUGAGCAAAGAAAAAAACUGACUGCAGAACUGAAAGCAACAGUAUACAAUAUAAAAAAAACACAACGCCGUGCUUCACAAAGAUCUGCACUUGAAGCACCGGCAGAAAGAGAAUUAUUUGAACUAGCUGUUAAGAAGCAGCUUUUACAGGCCAACUUAGAAUCCAAUUGGAAAGAGCUGCAGGAAGCUCAGGCUCUUGCAGUUACUGAACCAGGCAGUAUCAGCGAACAUAAACUACAGCAGCUCGUUGAGUAUAGAAGACGCUUGACUGCAGAUCUAAAUGAAGCUAUACAUGAAAUGCAAAAUGCUGAACGCCGUGCUUCGGAAGGGGCUCAGCUGAAACAACUCCCUGAGAUUGAAUUGUAUGAACUGUCAGCAAAAAAAGAAUUGUUGCAGGAAAAGUUGGAAUCCAACCAGAAAGAGCUAGAAGCAGCCCAGGCUCUUGCAGCUGCUGAACCAGGCAGUGUUAAUGAGCAUAAACUACAGGAGCUUGUUGAACAAAGAAGAAAUUUGACUGCGGACCUAAAUGCAACAGUUUCAAAUAUACAAAAAGCACAACGUCGUACCUCAGAAGGAAUUCGACUUGAACCACCUGUUGAAAAAGAAUUAUUUGAAUUAGCUGUUAAGAAGCAGCGCUUACAGGCCAACUUGGAAUCCAAUUGGAAAGAGCUACAGGAAGCUCAGACACUUGCAGCUACCGAACCAGGCAGUAUCAGUGAACAUAAACUACAGCAGCUCACUGAGGAAAGAAGACUCAUGACUCUAGAUCUAAAGGAAACUAUGCACAAUAUGCAAAAUGCUGGACGCCGUGCUUCAGAAAGGGCUCUGAUUGAAUCACCCACUGGAAGGAAAUACUAUGAUCUCUUGGAGAAGAAGCAACAGUUGCAGGCAAAUUUGGACUCCAACUGGGAAAAGCUACUAGAAGCUGAGACUCUUAUAGCUACCCAGCCAGGAAUUAUCAGUGAGCGUAAACUAGAGGAACUGGCUGAAGAAAGAAAGCGUUUGACUAAAGAACUAGAUGCAACUGCAGAAGAUAUAUUGGAAGCCCAUCGCCAGGCUUCAGAAAAAGCUCUGUUUAGGAAACCUGCUGAAAAAGAUUUAUAUGCACUGUCAGGGAAGAAACAAAUGUUACUGGAAAAUUUGAAAGGGCUUCAAGAAGCUCAGGCUCUUGCAGCAACCCAAUCUGGCAUUGUUGGUGAGGAGAAACGAAAGCAGCUUGCUGAGCAAAAACAACGUUUAGCUGCUGAUCUAGAGGCAACUAUACAUGAUAUACAAAAGGCACAGCGUCAUGUUUCAGUAGUGCCUAUAACUAUGUCACCUAGUGAAUAUGAAUUAUAUGAACUAUCGCAGAAGAAAUCUCUGAUACUGGAAAGUUUGGCAUUCAAUCGGAAACAGCUACAGGAAGCUCAGGCGCUUGCUGCUCUGCAUCCAGGCACUGACAGUGACCAUAAAUUAGAAGAGUUAGUUCAAGAAAGAAACCGUUUGACUGAAGAUCUAAGAGAAGCAGUGCAUAGUCUACAUGAAAUACAGCGGCAUUCUUCACAAAAAAUACAGAUUGAUUCUGUUGAAGAAGGAUUAGAAGAAUUGGCUAUGAAGAAGAGACAGUUGUUGCAAAAGUUGGAAUCCAAUCAGAAAAUACUAGAAGAAGCUGAAGUUCUUGAAGCUACUCAUCCAGGCACAAUCAGUAAGCAUAAACUAAAGGAGGUAGCUGAGGAAAGAAAACGUUUGACUGAAGAACUAGAAGAAAUUCUACACAAGAUGGUACUAAAAGAAGUACAGCAUCAUGUUUCAAAACCAGAUGAAAAGGAGUUCUAUAAACUGUCAGAGUGGAAGCAACAUUUAUUGGACAACUUGGAAUCCAACCUGAAAGAGCUAGAAGAAACUUGGGCUCUUGCAGUUACCCAACCAGGCCCUAGCAGUGAUAAUCUAUUAAAGAAGUUAAAUGAGGAAAGAAGGACUUUGAUUGAAAACCUGGAAAGAGUUGUGGAAGAUUCACAGAAAAUGAAAUCUCGUCUUUCUGAGAGAGGUGGAGUAAUAAGACCCAUUGAAAAGGAUUUAAGUCAUCUUUUACAGAAGAAAAAACUGUUUUUGGAACGCUUGGACUCAAAUCUCAAAAACUGGCUAGAAGCACAAACACUUAAAGCUACUGAACCAAGCAGUAUCAAUGAGAAAAAAUUUCAACACCUCACUGAAGAAAGAAGGCUUUUGGCUGCAGGCCUGGAAGCAAUUAUUCAAGAUAUACAAAAUAUACAGGAUGCUGAUCCAGAAAAACAAAUAAAAGCCAGAGAAAUGGCUUUGAGACAACUAUAUGAAAAAAAGAAAGUGUUUUUGGAAAAUUUGAGAACAAAUUUUAGAGAACUGCGAGAAGCCCAGGUUCUUGCAGCUGCCGAGCCAGGUGGUGUCAGUGAGCUAAAGGUACAAGAACUCAUUCAUCAAAGAAGACUUUUGACUACAGGUUUAGAUGCAAUUAUGCAAAGCAUGCAAGAGAUAGAAGAACUUAUUGCAGGCAAUGUGGAAAUAGCAAAACCCAGUGAAAUUGAAUUAGACAAAAUAUAUGAGAAAAGAACAUUGCUUUUGGAAAACAUGGAAUUAAAUCUGCAAGAGCUGAAAGACCUUGCAAAAGGUGGCGUGAGUGACAAGAAAAUACAGGCGAUAGCUGAGAAAAAAAAACGUUUGGUUUCUAGUUUUGAGGCAAUUCUUCAAAAUAUGGAAGAAGCACUUAGUUUAGACCAAGGAGCAAGGACAAGACCUGAUGAGAGAAAUAUAAGUGAUCUCAUAGAACUUUCCAAUCUAGAAUCAAAACUGGAUGAGAUGCAAGAUUUAGGAGUUAUUUCAGGCUUUCAACUGGAUACUAUAAGGAAAAAAAUGCACAAACUAAAAGAACAAAAAAAGAAAAUGAUUAGUAAAUGGGAAAAACUUUUUCUAAAAGAGUAUCCAGAAGGAUAUAUACCUCAAUCCACCAAAAAAUACAAAACACCCAAAGAAUUAGCUGGAAAAGGUUUGUUCUCAUAUUUGCAAUCAAGUAUCAAAGAUCUGCAAGAACAAGGCAUUAUUCGGCAAGGUAGCGGGUCUGACACACAAAAGUCCCAUAUAGGGAUUGAACCUGCAACCCUGGUGUUAUCAGCAACCUGCUCUAACAGGCUAUCCAGGAAUAAAUUCAAAUUAUUUUUCUUAGAGGUAGAAUUGGAUCAGCUAGCAGAAGAAAAAAGAAUUGUGGACAGAUAUUUUGAAGAAGUUCCAAUAGAAUUCCUGCCUUCAGAGGUUGCUGCUUUAAGUACACAAUAUGAGGAUGAGAAAUCAUUAAAACGAAGGGCUUUGGCUGCAAAAUUGGAGGCAAAUAUAAGAGAUCUUCAAUCUGCUCUUCAAGUAGAUAAAAUAGAAAAACCUAAAUUUGAGCUACCGAAAAGCGUUUUACGAACAACAGGCAAACGGAGAGUUAGUUUAGUUGAGCCAUCAGAUCAGCUGGCAUUGAAACCACAACUUUCAGGGCUGCAGAUACACAUAAGUAAAGUACCUGUGGCUUACAGAAACAAGCCUGAGAGCAAAACAGUAGGUGCAGGAUACGAUGUGACAUCCCAGGAGGAGCAAGACCAACUUCUAAAGAGGAACAUAGAACUGGCAAUAAAAGGACAGCUUCUGGAAAAAUUUCCAGAGAGCAAAGUAUCUUUGCCACAAUUGGAUAGUUCUACUUACCUUCAUACAAAUUCAAACAAACUUGCUUUGGAGGCUGCAAUGCAAGAAAUAUUAGAGUUUAACAAGGAUUUACUUCCAAGUCAUAGAGCAAAUCUACAACAGGCAUUGAAACUUGCAAGUUAUCAGUUACAACAAAAACAGCUACAACAACAACAUCAAGCCAAUGCGCUUGUUGAAAAGUUCAGAAAUAUGCCAUUAUUUUUUCCCCAACCACCUGGGACAGCUAGGUUCCAGGACUAUACUAUACCUGUUCAAAAAUCAGGAUGGGAAACAAACCAGUUACCACAAAAAGACUACAUCCAGAAGCUUGCAUUAUUAAGACGAAGGAUUUUGGGGCCUGAGAUGAAAGGGGGAGGUCCUUCACCAGUCACUCAGGAAGACAUUCAAGAUCAAGCAGAGGACCUAAUUGUUAUUUCUGGAAAAGGAUGCAACCCCUACAGAAAAGAAACCACCUUCCCAGUCAUAAAGCAAAGUUCAAAACAUAAAUGACCUUAUUAUUGUUUUUAGAGAUUGGGUCAGUGAUGCAGCCAUCUUAUACAAUUCAUCUUUGCUGAUCUGUGAAAAGGAAACAUGAAAAACUAUGCUGUUGUAUGAAUUUGUUCUGAGAACUUAAUUGUACUGGAACAGCAGUUAAAAUAUAUGAUACCUGAACCACCAAA